AAGUGGCAAGUUAUUUUAUUUCGACACGUGUGAAGCAUUUUCGAAGCGACCUGAAUUGUUGAUAGUGUGUUGCAUUUAGUCUCCCACGUUGAGUGAAGAUUUUUAAACUUCGUUUUCCAUCCCGAGAAGAAAGGGAAAGCAGAGCACCUGCUCUUCAACACACUGCAAAGCGACAUGUUCCAGAAGGUACAGAAUCAGGGUGCCUGCAGCAUCCAAAUGGAGGAAACCAAAGCGGGAGCCCAGGCGCGGCCCAAAAUCAACCUCUUCUCAUUGUCCAACCUGAAGAAAGUGGACAACACCGACACCCAGCGUCUCACCCAACUCCCGCGCCAAGCUGCUGUCAACUUGGAGUUCAGCGACCUGUCGUAUGACAUCCAGGAGGGGCACUGUUGUCAGAAGGCAGGUUUCAAAACACUGUUGAAUUGUCUCAACGGACAAUUUAACAGCAAAGAGCUUACCGGGAUCAUGGGACCCUCUGGAGCUGGGAAGUCCACCAUGAUGAACGUCCUGGCAGGAUACAGGGAGACAGGCAUGAAGGGUAAAAUCCUGGUGAACGGUCGCCCGAGGGACUUGGAAACAUUUCAGAAGAUGUCAUGCUACAUCAUGCAAAGUGACGUACUGAUGCCUCACCUCUCGACAAAGGAGGCCAUGAUGGUGGCUGCCAAUCUGAAACUCAAUGAAAGCAUGCAGGUCAAAAAGAGGAUUGUGACCGAGGUACUGACGGCUUUAGGGCUGAUGGCGUGUGCGAAAACGCGUACAAACAAUCUCUCAGGCGGCCAGUCGAAAAGACUUGCCAUUGCGCUCGAGUUGGUCAACAAUCCUCCCGUCAUGUUCUUCGAUGAGCCCAUCAGUGGUUUGGAUAGUGCAACAUCCAUCCAGGUUAUCUCCCUCCUGAAGUGUCUGGCGAAAGGAGGCCGGACAAUCAUCUGCACCAUUCAUCAGCCCAGUGGGAACCUCUUUCAGAUGUUUGACAAGCUGUACAUCCUCAGUCAAGGCCAGUGCAUCUACAGGGGCUCAGUCACCCACCUCAUCCCUCACCUGACCAACCUCAACCUUCAUUGCCCAAAGUAUCACAAUCCGGCAGAUUUCAUCAUCGAAGUGGCGACGGGAGCGCAUGGCGACAUGCAGGCGGUGUUGUUUGAGGCCACCCAAGGCAGCCAGUGCUGCGAGGAGAGCAAGAAGAACACGGCGAAUGACGAGAGUUCGUCCGCCGGCGAUAACCAACCCGAUAUGCCACCUCUCGAGAUACAAUACUUUGCCACCAGUACUUUGAAACAGUUCUUCAUCCUCUUUCAAAGAAACCUCACGGCCAUAUGCAGGGAUGCGAUACUGACCCACCUGCGCGUGAUCUCCCACAUCAUCAUCGGACUCCUAAUUGGCUUGCUUUACCUCAACAUCGGAAACGACGGGGUGAGCGCGUUCAACAACGCCGGGUUCCUCUUCUUCUCCAUGCUGUUCAUCAUGUUCGCCGCCCUGAUGCCCACCGUUCUUACCUUUCCUCUGGAAAUGGCUGUGUUUGUAAGGGAGUACUUAAACUCGUGGUACAGUCUACAUGCCUACUACAUGGCAAAAACGUGUGCAGACAUCCCGUUCCAGAUGAUCUGUCCAAUCCUGUACUGCAGUAUCGCAUACUGGAUGACUGGUCAGCCUGCAGAAGCUACUCGCUUCGUGCUCUUCCUCUCCCUGUGCACGUCCGUUGCCCUGGUUGCACAGUCACUUGGGCUGCUCAUUGGGGCGGCGUCGCCAUCACCACAGGUUGCCACUUUCGUCGGACCGAUCACAGCCAUACCGAUCAUCCUCUUCUCGGGCUUCUUUGUGAGUUUCCGCAACAUUCCUUAUUACCUGCAGUGGACCUCCUACGUCUCCUAUGUCAGGUACGGUUUCGAGGGAGUGAUGCUCUCGAUCUACGGGAUGAACCGCACGGAGCUGGAAUGUGACCCGACGGUGCCGCUGUGUACCUUUCAGGAUCCAAUGCAAGUCCUGAAAAUGCUGGAUGUGGAGGAUGCAAAGCUCUACGUGGAUUUUCUUGUCCUGGGAAUUUUUUUCACGGUCAUCAGGGUGGCCACAUUUCUAGUCCUGCACUGGAAAGUGAGGGCUGAACGUUGAGUUCAAGUAAAUGUUAUCUAUUUAGUGGGAUGUUAAAAGACAGUUUGCUGGUUGAACUUGUCGCUGGUUGAACUUGUAAUUCGGUUUGAAUUUCCCAUUGAGAUCAUAAUACAUUGGGAAUAUUUAACUGAUGCCGUCAUCAAACUUUCAUUGGCUGGACAUUUUGUUAAAUAUAUUUUUGGGUUGUCAGACAAGAAUUCCAUUUUAAAAUGAAACACGCUUAGCCCAUUCAUUCAAGUUAGCAUUAGCGUGGUAAACUAAUUGCCAAGCUAAUUGCUGGACUAAUAUGCAACUAACAAUUUGGUAAUUAAAAUGGCACAACUUGAUAAUUAAAAUGGCCUCAGCACAUGUUAAUAUAAACAUAGCUAAGGUUGCUAAUUUGGAUUCUUAAAAGUAUUUAUAGGCCACAUGGUAAUUAGUAUGUUAGCAUGAGCGUGUUAGCAAUAGCAUGUUACAUAAUUUAUCAAACUAAAAUGCAACUAAAAAUAAAUUAAAAUGGCCGCACCACAUGUCAAUAUAAACUUAGCUAUGGUUUUCAUUCCUUGCAGGCCACAAUGGUAAUUAGUAUGUUAGCAUGAGUGUGUUAGCGCUGGCGUGUUACAUCAAUUGCAAAGCUCGAGACGAAAAUGCACCUAACAAUAUUUGCAUGAGUUGAAUUUACUCGAGUCUGAUAUCCAUCCCAAUUUGUACACUAGUGACCUUUUUAUCACCCAUUAUGGUGACAAAACAAACAACACUUGCAAGGAAAAGCAAAACGUGCAGUGCUUCAAUAUAAUGUUUCUUGAUCUUAUCCCUCGGCCCUUUCAUCUAAAGGUUGAAAUAAAAAAUUGGUUCCCAGGGUGACGUGUGGUGUAAACGUCAAAACAUUCUUGAAUAGGAGUUGAGUGCCAAAGAGUUGGGUCGGGUCAUUCAGUCUAUUACACAACAGAUGUUUUGAAAAAUCCCGAUGAGAAUGUGCAUGUACUGUACUUGGCGGAAAGAUUAAUGCAAAUACUUGGAAUUGUAUCCGGCUGUAUAUAUAAUAGGUUGUGAUUUACAAUGAAAUAUGAGGGGAAGAUAUGGAGGACUGAGUAGUUUUCCAAAGGAGGUCAGAU